UAUUGCUGUCAUAUAUCACGCUACCUCGUAAAAACGACACUGAGGAUUCUGGGCCAACAAAUCAGAGAGAAAAAAAUAUGAGUUCUUAUUAUGUGGAUGGUCUUCUUAGCAAAUCUACGGCGGGUGGUUCCCCGUUCCCAAACGCAGAGCGAGCGUCCUGCGGUAUUGGACCCAGUGGAGACGGCCAUGGCUCCACCGCUGCGGCCAUCGCGUUCGCACCGUCCCUGUCUGGAGUUUACAGCGUCAAUAACGUGGUGUACCAGAGCCACCCCGUGUUCACCUCGGGCUACGGCCAGCGGCAGGACGCACACACUCUGCACUGCAGCCCGUUUGACCAGAGCCGCCUGUUCAGCGACAGCUGCUGUCAUCCGGUGCCGGCACCCCUCACCUCGCCGCCGGACAAACAGCACCGGCUGUACCCAUGGAUGCAAGCAUCAGAUCCAAAUCGGAAGCGCGGCCGCCAGACCUACUCCCGGUACCAGACCCUGGAGCUGGAGAAGGAAUUCCACUUCAACCGGUAUCUGACCCGCAGGCGGAGGGUCGAGAUCUCGCACGCCCUCUGCCUCUCCGAGAGACAGAUCAAAAUUUGGUUUCAGAACCGCAGGAUGAAGUGGAAGAAGGACCACAAAGAUGAGCCGGAAUCAAACUCCGGGGAAAAGCCCGGUGAUGCUCCGCCGGUGUCCGAGGCCGAGGAGCCCGAAACUGGAGACAGCGCGGAGUCAGAAACGGCUGCAAAGUAACGAAAGAGACGGACAGAGAAUUAAAAGAAAGGAAAAAAAGUAUGUUUAGGAUAUAUGUGUUUUCCUCACAUACCAUUCGUGAACUCUGCUUUCCAGGCUGAUUAUCUGAAUGACAGCUGGAAAGCAGAAUUUAAAAGCAGACUGCAAAUCUGCUUUUCAUAUUUCAACCCAAAAUGUGUUUUUAAAAGCUCCAAAUGAAGGAGCGGCAUUAACUACCUAUCCAAACUAGCCUGUAUUUUUAUAUCUAUAUGCAACUUGUAAUGAUUGUACUACUGAAUCAACAUUCCUUUAACGAAACACUACCUAAUAUUUACCUUCUAUUAUUUAAACACUGACACAAGAAAUUAAAUCUGAAAUUGAUUAAAAAUUAGAAGAAGAAAAAAAAUCUCUACAGACGGUUGUAUUUUGCACACGGAACAAGUGCAACACUGUGCGCAAAUGUGCCUUAUUUGAAGUAAGAUAAUUCAAAUUGAAUGUUUUGUUGCUUUGGUAAAAAUCAUUUCUGUGAGUUAGCCCUCUAUAUUAUUUUUGAUUUUAAUAUUGUAGAUAAAGCAUUGAGCUUUUCUGCAUCCCAGCAUUGACGGAAAUAUCUGUUUAGAUCUUAUGCAACCUACCUCAGACUCCCAGAACCUGCUUAUGCUACUGUAAACAGGAAUACACUAGUGUAAACUUUUAGCUGUGUACUGUAAAAAAUACUGGCAUAACAAGCCUCCGAUUUCAGGAUCAAAAUUUCAUGUGUCUGUGAAUACAUGGGGGGGUGAGAAACGCAUGCACUGUCAUUUAGAGACAUUUCAGUAUCACAUUCUUUUGUCGGUGUAAAAUGAGAAGGUUAUUCUAAUCCACAAUGUGCAAAUACUGUGACAUAUUUAGCUUCGGUGCCCUCGUUUCCAAUGUGAAGUAAGCAAUAUAAAACAAUCUGUAAAUACACAUAUAAUCAUUCAAUAAAAAUAGCCUUCAUCUGUC